AUGAUACAGGCCAGGCGCCCUUCUUGGCCACCCAGCUGGCAAAUCACCCCCCUCUCUGCUCAGACACCUCCUCCCUGCCCUGUGUGCUCAGAGCUGCCCUUUCCCCCCGCAGGCACCCACCUUGCAGAUUUCUGCACAGAACCGAACGGCUCCAGCGAGUGUUCGCCCUGCAAGAGGGAGGAGUUCAUGGAGUACCCCAACGUCUUCCACUCCUGCUAUGAGUGUCGGAAGUGCAGGGAAGAUCAGGUGGAGCUGAGUCCCUGCCAGGCCACCAGGAACACGGAGUGUGCCUGCAAGGAGGGCACCUUCUGCGACCCGGACCUGCCCUGCGAGAUGUGCGAGAAGUGCCAGCCCCGGUGUCCCGAGGGGCAGAUGGUGCUGUCUCCCUGCACUCCUUACAGGGAUCUGCAGUGUGGUCCUGCCAAGGGCACCGACCUCUUCUACGUCUGGAUUAUCAUCGGGGUGGUGAUCCUGGUGAUUAUUGUGCUUCUCAUCUGUAAGUACCUCUCCUGUUGCCCAGAGGGACCAGGCCAUGGCAGGGCAGAUGGCUGCAGCUGGAAUCCUGACACCAUCCGUGCUUCUCUCCUGCCACAGAACUACCUGACGCAAAAGCUGAGAUGGUACAGGAGGGUGAACGUGGGGACACAGGACAACGACCUCAACGAGCAGCGCUCGCGGGACCAGCCGCUCCCCGUGGAGUCCCCGAGCUGCAAAACCUGCUCGCUGCAGUCAACUGCCAGAGCCCUCUGUGGGUUUAAGGCUGCUGCUGAGCAAACAGCUCUCCUCUCCCUGGCCAGGACCCCACGAGGCAGCUCUCCCUGCUCGUGGCCUGCUGCCAGCCCAGAGCCAGGAAACCGGGAUGUCCUGGGGGUGGAGGGGGGUGUCCUGCCCCAAGAACCCCUGGAGAGAGGGAGAGGGUCUCCAGUCCCUGCACUGGGGGGGCUUGGGGAUAGCUUUUGUGCCAGGGCUUGGUGGGUGCUACAGACACUGCCAUUGCAGGUGAUGCUGCAGAGAGCCCCCUGUCCCAGGGAGAGACCCAGGAGGGAUCUGGUUCCACAGACAGGGAAAGAGCCCAUUCCGGCGCUGAGAGGCACUUUCUACAUCUUUGCUGGAAUCAACUACAGCUACUGGAAGAAAUUCGGCCGGAGCCUCGAUGUGCAGGAGAACGAUCUGCCCUUAGACCGGGCCCAGGACUCCUUCUAUGAAAUGCUCAACAAGUGGCUGGAGAGGGAGGGGUCCAAGGCCUCUGUGAACACGCUGCUGGAGACCCUGGACCAGCUCGGUCUCAGUGGGAUUGCAGACGACAUCUCCUCUGAACUGCUCAGGAGGGGAUUAUUUAAACCCGCAGGAGCCGAAGAGCAAGGCGGGUCCUGCGCCUCCGUUCCUUGACCUGAAGCCAUGAAAUACCUCGCAGGACACAUGAAUUUUAGCUGUUUUUAGCUCUGC